AAAGCCGUGAUAGUUCAGGGGACAGGGAUAUAGAACAAACUUAUCUACACUUUGCUACCGAGGCAUUAUUAUUGAGUAACGAAACUAUAAAAAAAGAAACGCAAAGAGACCCAUUAUUAGGUAGAAUUAUAAGUUACAUACAAGAUGGUUGGCCUGCCGAUGUUGAUAUUAAAGAACUUAAACCAUAUUUUAAUAGGAAGUCGGAACUAUACCUAGAAAUGGGCUGCAUUAUGUGGGGACAUCGUUUAGUAAUCCCUAAUGUCUGCAGAGACAAAGUAUUGAGAGAACUGCAUGACACACAUACAGGUAUAGUUAAAAUGAAAAGCCUGGCCAGGAGCUACGUGUGGUGGCCCGGGCUGGACGAGGCCAUCGAGCGCCAGUGCGGCGCGUGCGGCGUGUGCGCGGCGCUGAGCGGCGCGCCGCCGGCGCACGCGCCCCGCUCGUGGCCCUGGCCCACACGCCCUUGGUCUAGGAUUCACAUAGAUUUUUUAGGGCCUAUAGCAGGUAUGAAAUUCUUGGUAAUUAUAGAUGCAACAUCUAAAUGGAUAGAAUGUUUUAAGAUGAAUCAGACCACGGCCAGUAAAGUAAUAGAAAGACUGAGAGACACUUUUGCUAGGUUUGGUUUACCAAAACAAAUAGUCAGUGACAAUGGGCCACCGUUUUCGAGUUCCGAAUUUUCACAAUUUUGUAAUAAUAAUGGAAUAGAUCAUAUAUUUACAGCUCCGUAUCAUCCUUCUUCAAAUGGAGCCGCAGAGAACGCAGUAAAAGUAUGUAAAAGAGUAAUUAAAAAAGCAAUUAUGACUCGUAUGGACGUAGACACAGCUUUGUAUAGGUUUUUAUUAAUAUAUAGGAACACCUCUCACAAUACUACGGGAGACAGUCCGGCUAAACUGUUGUUAGGUCGAAAUUUACGUACUAGACUAGACUGUCUCAAACCUGAUCGCGAGAAAAGAAUUGGAAAAUUACAAGAAAAACAAGAAAAUAGUGCGGGAGGAGUGAGUAGGGAAGUUAAGGUAGGUGAGGAAGUAUGGUUUAAAAACUAUAAUGACGAUGUACAAUGGAAAAAGGGUAAGGUCAUAGAAAAGUUAGGCGAUACCGAUUAUCGUAUCAGUUUAAAGGACGGACAAUGUAUACAUAGACAUAUUGAUCAACUAAAAAUAUGUAAGGGGUUUGGUGUAUCUGCACAGGACGAUAAAGUAACACAAAGUAAGGAACAGAGAAACCCCGGUUGGUUGUGGUUGCCGGGGGCUGGACCGGCGGAGUGCUCCGCGGCCGGCCCGGGCUCGGCCGCGCCGGCUCCGCGCCCGCCUGCCCCUCAGCUCGCUCCAAGGAGGUAUCCUCUCAGAGAGCGACACCCUCCAACACGAUAUGGCUUUGAAUAAUCCUUAUUGUAUGUAUUUUAGUUAAGAACUAAGUUAGUUUAGUCAUUAAGAAAUUGUUUUGUGACUGGC